GUUGUUAGCUUUCCCUGUAACAGUAUAAUUUGUUUUAAAUUAUUAAUAAAUAAAUGCCUUUGGGAUAUAAAUUUUGUUAUCUGUUUCCUCACCCCAACAGCUUCAGACAUAACUGUCCAACCAACUGUGGAAGAGGCCUUUGACAACUGCACUCACGAAUGUCUCAUCUUGGGCCAUUCUGAUGCCUGCUGGAUGCCGGCAUCUUUGACCCAUUCCAGCCCUUCACAAGGACAGACCACUGCUGUAUGCCAUAGCCCACCCCUGGCACAAGCCUCACUUCGACGACGCCACAGCCCACCGGUGACACAGACCAUUGCUCUCUGCCACAGUCCUCCAGUGACCCAACCUAUUGCGCUGUGCCAAAGUCCUCCUCCAGUAGAGGCCUCUAUUCUCCACCAUAGUCCUCCUCUAGUGCAGGCUACUGCACUUCACCACAGCCCACCACCAGCACAGGCCUCAGCCCUCCACUACAGCCCUCCCCUGGAACAAGCUGCUGCAAUCUGCCAUAGCCCUCCUCUGUCACAGGCUGCUGCCCUCCAUCGUAGCCAGGCCCAGCCACAGAUGGGUUUGCAGCAAGGUUGGGUGCAAGGUGCUGGAGAUGAUGGACUAUGCUCUGUUUAUUAUGGAGAGCAAAGUAGUGCCAGGUCUCAGUUUUACACCAUGACUGAAAGACUUCAUUCCAGCGAUGAUUCAAUUAAAGUCAUUCCCCCGACAACCUUCACUCCAGGCCAACAGUCUAGAAGCUCUAGGGGUGAUUCCCCCAUUAUGGAGGAACAUCCUUUGUAA